AUGGAUAAAUUUGUAACGAAAAAGCCUAGAGAAACCCAGACCAAACUGAGAAAGGCGCCAACGAAACAGUAUAAGCAGAGUACGAUCGAAUCACUGAAGGGUGUUGUUGUGAUUGAAGAUAUCCAUAGACUACAAGCCAAACUACGACUGAGCAGUACAACACAUGAUGAAAUGGUGCAAUGCUUAAGGGAACUGGGAAAGAAAAUACCACCCCGUAAUGUAAUGAAGGACACUAAAAUAGGUAAAGAUGUUAAUAAACUAAGGCAACAUGAAGACAGCAAUGUUAGGAGAGAGGCCAAAAAAGUUUAUAUCAAAUGGAAAAGUCAUUUUGAGGAUUUCCAAGACCGCCAACAGAUAGAGGUGAAAUGUGAUGCUAAAACAGAAAGAUUGAGGUCCUCAGGACAAAGACUGUUGUUGGAGUCUCUUGGGGUAAAGGAGGACAGCAAUUUGCCAGAAGUAAUAGAACGAGACACCUUUCAUUUCUUUAAACGUUUGGUGAACAACAACUACAGAAGGACAAUACGGAACAUUGUGUUUACACUGAAACACCAGGAGGAUGUGAGAACUCAGGUGUUGUCUGGUGAAAUGUCUGUGGAAAAACUAAUACAAACGUGUAAAAGAUGAUUGACAUGUGGGAGUAUAAGUGUAAAUGUUAAUGGUGUGUAUACAUAGGUGGAUGUAAUAUUGUAGGACAGAUGGAAUACUAUAGGAUUUGAUCACAAGGACCAUUACUAAGACACGAUUAGAUAGGAUUUUGAUGAAAUGUGUUGAAAUGUGUGAUGACAGAAAUAUUUAUAAGUGUAAAUGUAUGAAUAUCAGAUGAAAUAUGUGAUGAAAAAAGUAGUAAGUACAAGUAUAAUAGUUAUAUGUCAGAAGAAAUGUUUGGUGACAGAAAUAAUUAUUACAAGUGUAAAAUGAUAGAUGUUUGAGGAAAUGUGUGAUGACAUAUGAUGUAAAUAUUUAUGAUAAGUGUAAAUGUAUGGAUAUCAGAUGAA